UCUCGGCUAGGGUAUAGCUUAUCAACCCAUCAAAAAACAUUUUUGUCAUGUCUAAAAUGAUACGGCGAUACCUAAUAUCAAAAAAAGUGCUCAUACGGAUGGCAAGCUUUUUCCUCCAGAUUUGCAGACCCAUAAAAUUGAAAACUCGUCGAGAGGACCAAGCCGAUUUUUGGGGUCAAAAAUUCGAAUGUGGAAGUACUAGCUCAUUCGAAAGAGCUCAUCUGAUAUUUCACUCAUAAUCAGAGCAUUUAUUGCAUUCCAAAAACAUGUUUUUUCAUGGUGUAAUGGGCGAUGCUUUUACCGUGAUCUGGAUUUUUUAUUUUUUCUAUCUGCAAAUUUAUUUUCCGAAUCCAUAGACAGGCUCAUUUUUCAUAUUUUCUGAUCGUAGUUUAGCUUUUUUUUAUUGAUUUACCCCAUUGUUUUCGCCUUUAUAAUUCCCCUUUCAAUUUUACAGCUCUAUUAUGUAUCUGCUCCUCCAGGUCAGAAACAUCUUUUAAAACUUCCAACCAAUUGUAUUGACCAUACCGAAUAUGAAGCAAAAUUUUCUGUCCGUUUUGAUUCAAAAUAUGCCUUGGAAUGCUUUGAUUCUUUUUUGGUUGAACGUCGUAACAAAUGUGUUGAGAGACUAAAUGAAUGGGUUUUCUUUGACACAACAAAGAAUUCUAAAACUAGUAUUAUACACGGCCGAUUCGAAUAUAUUUUAGAAAGUAAAGGAAUUUGGCGCUGCUCUAAAAAUCCAAAUAAAUUGUAUAAAUGCAAUGGUUAUUUAAAAGAAUUUCAAAAGAAUUACAUUUUGUGUGCUGAUCACACGUGCGAUUUGAUAAAACGAUGGGGAUGUAUUGAUAAAAAUGUAAAACCAAAUCUUGGAAUGGAAAAUUCUGAUAAAUGUGUUUUUAUGGCUUGGGCGGAUGGUCCAGGAUUAACUGUUGGCGUACUUGGUCGCCCAAAUAAAUUUACCGUUGGAUAUACAAAAAAUUUUGGUGGUGGAAAAUUAACCGUAGCUAUUGAUGGGCCUAAAAAGGCUGAAGUUGGAACUGUACAGCAUCUAAAUGAAAGCAAUUAUCAAGUCGAAUACACAGUCCAUUCACCUGGUCUUUACACAAUCAAUGUUAAUUUUAUUGCUACUCCGAUCCUCGGAUCACCUUUUAAAGUGUUUGUGAAAGCUAAGAUUAAUCAAACA